GGUGAGGACUUGCUUAGGCCUGAUGCCUAUAACCACUGUCCAGUCAGGUCUCUAGAAAAGGGUACAGGUCCUGGGUGGUAAAAACACUGAUGGGCAAUGCGGGCGAGGCUCUUGCUGCAAGGAGUGAAGGGUUCCUUCUAUACAUUGCAUGCAUGUACAAUGAAGAACCUGCGGCUGGCACUGUCAGCAGAUGCAGUGAGAAGAAAGGAAGGGGGUUGGGGAGUGUUCGCGGAAGCAUGGAGGCGAUACACCGGGACUGUUCAGGUGGGGGAUCGGCUGGGGGAGUAGACAUGGAUGGGGCCAGCACAGGAGGAAGAUGGCGAACACAGCGCUGCUACUACUUGGGGGACGGCAACAGGCGAAUCAGGGACCGCAGCCACGCAGCGGCCACAGGAAUGGAAGAGGACACCCGGGAGAUGGAAAACAGAGAGGAUGUCAUUGUGAUGACCCGCAGACAGCAGGUGGAACUGCAACACUCGAGAGGGAAGCCGGCUGAACUACAUCUCAAAGAUCCUGGCAGGCUGGCAGUGUUGUUAUCCCAUUUCCCGACUGAUAGUCCUUGUAUUUUGGAUGCUUUUAUACUCUGUGUUACUCUGAAGUCCAUAUUUUACAGGGAUGUCAUAUUCGAGGAACUGCGAAGCAGGGUCUUCCUUAUGCCAAUGGGAAGGAUGAUAGCACAUUGUGAUAAUCACCUGCAUAAUAUUCCUAAUCGGCGCAAGGACUUUAACUGGAUUCCUCCCACAGUGCUGAAGGUGAGAAAGAAGAAGCGAAGGAAAAACCACCGAAAUGCUCAGCGGGUGAUAAUGCGGAAUAGCAUUGUGCUGCGUGCAAGUUUAUCAGACUUAUUGAAGCUCCCCCGCGGGGAAGUCUGUAUUGUUAUGAUGAGGCACUCCAUGAGACCCUUCAGCUACCUUCUUGAAAGGGGGCCAUGGGAAUCAGCUACGGAAAGAUGGACUCAUGGUGAUGUGGGUGAUGAGGAGGACUUUAGGAUAGAGAGCUAUCAUAUGCCUAUUCUUGUUACGAUCAAGAAUGUGUUCAUCAGCAGCCGAGGUCAGGUCUACGGUGAGGAUAUUGGGCUCAUAUGGUACAAGGGGCUCUGCCCCCGUUUCCUUCCAAAAAAUAUGCUGCCACAGGCAGCACAGUCAUACAACAAGAUAUUUGUUAUAUCUCAAGACACAGGAAACUAUGUGUAUCAUGCUCUCACCGAGGAUUACCCCAGAGUUGCAGCAUAUUACCAGGAGCUUCUGAAGGAUGAUUCUAUCAUGAUCCAUGUGGUUGAGGAACAUCGUGAUAUGCUAUCAAAACUUUUUGCCUUGUUGGGAAUCCAUUCGAGGAGACUGAUCCAUGGGAAUGCAUUUGGUGGGACUGUUUUCUGGCCUGAAUCAAGCUAUGAAUGUGUUCUCGGAAGUCGGUGGCAUGUCCGUAAAAUGAGGUCCAUAACCAGAUUAACACUUGAAAAGAAGUACCCAACCAUAUUUGUGCAAGGCUCACUGUCACCACCUCCCUUAUUUCAACAUGUGUUUUCAGACCAUCAGGCAGCAGAUGUUAAGUCUAACGCCCCUAUCCGCUGGCCUGCGAACCCUAACCGCCCUCCAACCCAGCCGGGCCUGGUUAUUUCACGAACAAAACGCCGCCGAGUACGUAAUGAGGCUGAUAUCAUCCGAAUGCUCUAUGAAUGGUAUCCAACUUACAGUUUUGAGGUCUUCUCUGAUAAUCCCAUACCAUCCAUUGAGGAAACUUACUACCUCUUCUACUAUGCAAGGAUAAUAAUAGCUCCUCAUGGUGCUGGGCUUGCCAACAUGAUCGUAAGUCCUGGUGCAGGAGUCCCUCUGGUUCAGAACAGUGAACAAGCCAAGCUGAUUGAAUUUCGAGGCAGUUCACCAGCUCCUUGUUUCGAGCACUUAGCUGCAAGCUUGGGAGUAGAGUAUUUUCGCUUGCAUCCGAAAAAAAAUCAUGGCCUCUUUGGGGACAUGACUGUCGACCUUGUCAGUUUGCGGGACCUUUUAGUUCAUGCAAUUGGCCCACCACCUGGCUGAACUCGAGCUGCAUUAACUUACUGGCUGUUGUAAGGGAUCCGCUGGCUGAAGUUGUGAUUGUUCCCUGAAUGAUAUGGAUGUCCUGGGGCCUGGGCACCUGUCUCCAGGGUAUCCUGAGUUGCUUAUUCCUCAUGCAAUAAAUACUAUUGACAUUU